UGUUCUCUACAGCAUGGAAGCCCAUAUGCUACUUAAAAGAUGCAGAAUCCUUGGAUGACAAUUUCUCUGUCCCAGACACUGCGCCCAAAUAGUAGGCCUAGACUAGCCUACCCCUAAGUAGCCCCCCCGGUGUCACGUGACCUGACAUGCGCACUCUGUUCAGCACAUCUGUAUGACGUCAGGUCGAACCUCCCAGUGUGAUGCUGCCAAUUUGAAGCGGCUCUUGGCUUGGGGCCGGCCGACCUAUUAAAGAGGGCUACUUCUGCUCAACUAGCUGUCCUGCAUGCAACGCUCCACUGUGUAUCUGUGCUAGUUUUUGCACAAGUAGAAAGGCCAAAGAAUUUGCGACAGCAAAUAAACAAACAGACACCUGGAUAUUGCCGUACAUUGAGAGCGAUGUGCAUGCGAAUAAAAUGUUUUCUUCGUUAAUUUUGAGCAAUGUUAAUUAACGGAUAAUCGUUUUGCCAGAUCAGUUGAUACUGAGCACCUCACCACCGCUUUGAAGGACAGUCACCGUAUUUGUAGGCAUCAAAGUCUGAUGAUGGCUUAAGCGGAGACAGUGGGGUAGAAGAAUGAUGAACUGAGCCGGGAACUUCAGUGCGGAAGAAGUCCAUUGUCUGUCUUCUUCUUUGAGUGUCUGGGACAAUGAAGAUGACGGUCAACAUGAACUUGUCCUCCAAAUGCUGUGCCUCAUCAACAUGCUGGAGCUGAAAACUGAAAGCCUGUUACGUCUUUGAUGAGAGAAGAAGUGGGCACCUUGAGCCCAGCAGAUGGAUAGGUCAAGACAGGCUCACAGUAUAGAUCUGCUGCUUUGGAAUUACUUGAAAUAAGCAAACAAGGCUUGUUGUUGUUGUUGUCAUCAUCGUCUUCUCCCAUGGCUGGCGCAUACGCUGGGGCUCACACAGUCCCCACCUGGAGCUGCCCCCAGUCUGCUGAGCUGUGAGAGCGUGGCUGCCACAACACAGAGCACACCGCAGUACAGACCCGUCAGUGAUCGGCCGGCAUGGCUGUGUUAUGGUGCAGCACUGGACUGAGCAGAUCCUUGUAGCCCACCUGUAGCCUCCCACCCCACCCCGCCAACCCCCCUCCCCCAGCCCCAUGCCAGAUUUUCUCUAAAUUAUGGAAAUUUUGUGGAAGACGCUGACUUGGAUAUUGAGCCUAGCAAUGGCCGCUUCAGAAUCUCAGAACUACAAUAGACUCUCGCAUAAUUCUCAAGAGGAGUUCCUGACUCGUCUGGAAGACUACCAGGUGAUAGUCCCGUUCCGGGUCAGCAAGACUGGCGAGUUCCUCAGCUACACUGUGAAGCAGCACCGGCCGGGCCGCCGGCGCCGUGGCACGGACCCGGCAGAACCCGUCGUGGAACCCCACGUCUAUUACCGCCUGUCGGCGUAUGGGAAGCACUUUCACCUUAACCUGACUCUAAACCCCAACCUGGUGUCAAGACACUUCACUGUGGAGUACUGGGGCAAGAGUGGACAGGAGUGGCGUCAUGCCAUGGUUGAGAACUGUCAUUAUGUUGGAUACCUACUGGACCAGUUCAGCACCACCAGGGUGGCUUUGAGCAACUGCAAGGGCUUGCAUGGUGUUAUUACAACAGAAGACGCGCAGUAUUUAAUUGAGCCAUUAAAGAGUAUAUCCUCCAACAAUUCCAGUGAAUUGAAUCUCGAAGAAGGACAACCACACAUUAUUUAUAAAAAGUCUUCCAUUCCAUCACCACAAGAGCCGAGUGAGGAGUUCAGCUGUGGCCUUUCAGACCUCACAUGGAGCAGGACCCCCUUCCCCGCCACCACCCACACAGCCGCUAACAACACCCCCCCUUCGCCAGAGCCCAGUGGUGGUGGCCGGCGGCCUAAGCGCUCGGUCAGCUCGGAGCGCUUUGUGGAAACGCUGGUGGUGGCCGACAAGAUGAUGGUGGGCUAUCACGGCCGCAAGGACAUCGAACACUACAUCCUCUCCGUAAUGAAUAUUGUUGCCAAACUUUACCGUGAUGCCAGUCUUGGAAACGUUGUGAACAUUAUUGUAACCCGGCUGAUCAUCCUGACUGAAGAUCAGCCAAACCUAGAGAUCAACCACCAUGCUGAUAAGUCUCUUGACAGCUUCUGUAAGUGGCAGAAGUCCAUCCUGUCUCACCAGGGAGAUGGGAACAGCAUUCCAGAAAAUGGCAUAGCUCACCAUGACAACGCUGUUCUUAUCACCAGGUAUGACAUCUGCACAUACAAGAACAAGCCCUGUGGAACCCUUGGCCUGGCCUCUGUGGCUGGCAUGUGCGAGCCAGAGAGAAGCUGCAGCAUCAACGAGGACAUCGGCUUGGGAUCCGCGUUCACCAUUGCCCACGAGAUCGGCCACAACUUCGGCAUGAACCACGAUGGCAUCGGCAACUCCUGCGGCACCAAGGGCCACGAGACUGCGAAGCUGAUGGCGGCCCACAUAACGGCCAACACCAACCCCUUCACCUGGUCAGCCUGCAGCAAGGACUACAUCACCAGCUUCCUGGACUCAGGUCGGGGGACGUGUCUGGACAACGAGCCUCUGAAGAGAGACUUUCUGUACCCCAGCGUCACCCCAGGCCAGGUGUACGACGCCGAUGAGCAGUGCCGCUUCCAGUAUGGCGCCACCUCCAGGCAGUGCAAGUAUGGGGAAGUGUGUAGAGAGCUGUGGUGUCUAAGCAGGAGUAACCGCUGUGUGACCAAUAGCAUUCCAGCCGCCGAAGGCACCUUAUGCCAGACGGGCAGCAUCGAGAAGGGGUGGUGCUACCAGGGCGACUGCGUGGCGUUCGGGACGUGGCCCCAGAGUGUGGACGGAGGCUGGGGCCCCUGGUCCAUGUGGGGGGAGUGCAGUCGGACGUGCGGAGGGGGCGUCUCCUCCUCCAUGCGACUCUGUGACAGCCCACCGCCCUCAGGAGGAGGGAAGUACUGUCUAGGGGAGAGGAAACGCUACAGAUCCUGUAACACUGACGCCUGUCCUGCAGGGUCCAGAGACUUCCGUGAGAAGCAGUGUGCCGACUUUGACAGCUUGCCCUUCCGUGGGAAGUACUACAACUGGAAGCCAUACACUGGAGGUGGGGUAAAGCCCUGUGCGCUGAACUGCCUGGCCGAAGGGUACAACUUCUACACGGAGCGCUCGCCAGCCGUCAUCGACGGCACACGCUGCCAGGCGGACACCCUGGACAUCUGCAUCAACGGCGAGUGCAAGCACGUGGGUUGUGACAACAUCCUGGGCUCCGACGCCAAAGAGGACAGGUGUCGUGUGUGUGGCGGCGACGGCAGCACCUGCGAGAUGACAGAAGGCCUGUUCAACAGCUCCCUCCCACGAGGUGGCUACAUGGAGGUCGUCCAGAUACCUAGGGGGUCCGUUCAUAUUGAAAUCAGAGAGGUGGCCAUAUCAAAAAACUACAUUGCUCUGAAGUCAGAGGGUGACGACUACUACAUAAACGGCGCCUGGACCAUCGAUUGGCCUCGCAAGUUUGACAUCGCCGGGACGGCCUUCCACUACAAGAGGCCUGCGGACGAGCCCGAGUCUCUCGAGGCGCUCGGCGCCACCACAGAGACGCUGGUUGUCAUGGUGCUUCUUCAGGAGCAGAACCUGGGCAUCCACUACCGCUUCAACGUGCCCAUCCAGCGCACGGGCAGCGGAGACAACGAGGUGGGCUUCUCCUGGCACCUCCUGCCGUGGUCAGAUUGCUCGGCCACCUGUGCCGGAGGCGUUCAGAAGCAGGAGGUGGUCUGUAAGCGGCUCGAUGACGGCUCUGUGGUCCAGAACAGCUACUGCGACCUGGACAGCAAGCCGCCAGAGAAGCAGAGGCCCUGCAACACAGAGCCAUGCCCACCUGAGUGGUAUAUUGGGGACUGGUCAGAGUGCACUAAGACGUGUGAUGGUGGCACGCGCUCCCGGACGGUCCUGUGCAUCCGGAGAAUCGGCCCAGCCGAGGAGGAGACGCUGGAGGACAGCCUCUGUCUCACCCACCGGCCAAUCGAACGCGAGUCCUGCAACAACCAGUCCUGCCCACCCCAGUGGGUGGCACUGGAUUGGUCAGAGUGUACACCCAAGUGUGGCCCUGGCUUCAAGCAUCGCAUCGUCCUGUGCAAGAGCAGUGACCUGACCAAGACCUUUCCUCCAGCCAUGUGCAUGGACCACAGCAAGCCCCCCGUGCGCAUGCGCUGCAGCCUUGGACGCUGCCCACCUCCUCGCUGGAUCCCUGGGGAGUGGGGACAGUGCUCAGCACAGUGUGGCCUAGGUCAGCAGAUGCGAGUGGUCCAGUGUCUGACGUACACGGGUCAGCAGUCCAGUGAAUGCCCUGAUAACCUGCGUCCUGCCACCAUGCAACAGUGCGAGAGCAAGUGUGAUGCAACACCCAUCUCCAACGGUGACGAGUGCAAAGACGUAAACAAGGUGGCAUACUGCCCACUGGUGCUGAAGUUCAAGUUCUGCAGCCGCGCGUACUUCAGACAGAUGUGCUGCAAGACUUGCCAAGGACACUGACCUACGCAAGGAGAGAGGGAGAAAGAGAGAGAGCGAGAGAGGAAGAAGAGAGAGGGAGAAGAGAUGGGGGGAAAGAGGCCAAAAUGGUGGGAAAGACUGAGAACGAGUCCAACUGUGGAGAAGAGGCAGAGUUUGGGGGAGGAAAGAACAAAAGACACUCACUCUCUCUCUCUCUCUCUCUCUCUCUCUCUCUCUCUCUCUCUCUCUCUCUCUCUCUCCAUCUCUCUCCUCCUCCCUCGCUUCCUCCCUCUCUCACACACCUGCUCUCCAGCCCUGUGGAGCCCUGACCACUGCUCAGCACGCGCUGCUGACACAUCUGUUUUUAAGUUCACUUCCGUGAAGUGGGAGCAGAGACACUUAUCCUCGUUAAUGUUAUUUUUAUUAUAAUAAUAAUUAUAAUGAUUAUUUUCAUUUGCCUUUUUUUGUUUGUUUUGUUUUUGUUUUGUUUUGUUUUGUUUUGUUUUGUUAAUCCAAAGUGCUGGACACAUCAGACCCACCGGAGGCACUGCAAGGAGAGGAGUGUGUGUGUGUGUGUGUGUGUGUGUGUGGGUGAGGGAGGGGUGCAGAGCGGUGAUGGAUGUGGGCUGGGGGUUGUCACAAGGUGGGGAAUGGCUGCUCGCUUCCCUUCUGGUGCUGUCCUGUUUCUGGGGGGAUUCCGCAGGGGUCACAUGCAUCAAGCUGGUGCUAUUGGCACACACAUAACACACACACGUAUGUGUGUGUGUGUGUGUGUGUGUGUGUCAGGGGUGAACGCCUUGAUGUGUGGAAGGACCCUGUUGUGUUAACUGCCCAGUGAGUCCGUGUGAAAACAUAUCUCCAGUGAGCCUGCGAAGCUGUUGUCUCUGACCUGGUGCAUUUUUUUUUAAUUCCACCAUUAGGAUGUCACACUACACAUUUGUUCUUCCUGUUGUUUAACUAUUCUGCUUGCUCCCGUUACGUGGUCAAAAAAAUGGAAACCGAGUCUUCUAUGACUCUAGAUGUUUGACCGGCCGAAACAAAAUGUCUACCUUUUUUCUCGACUCCAUAGAGGAGGGUGGAUGUGGGAGCACAGAGACUGGUGCUUUGAGGUGUUUGUUUUUUUAAUCUGAGUAAGUAGUCAGUUGCUAUAGAUACAAACACACUGUACACACACAUACGUUCACCACAUCCUUCUGGUAAUGUCACUAGAUCACAGAGUAAACCACACACUCACUCUUAUGUAGAGACCGGGGCCAAAAGAACAGAUCUGUGUGUGUGUGUGUGUGUGUGUGUGUGUGUGUGUGUGUGUGUGUGUGUGUCUACGUGUGUGUGUUUGUAUGAGUGUGCAUAUUUGUAUGUGUGGGUGGAUCAUGGGGAAGGAAGAGAUGGAGUUUGUGUUUUGUGUACUUUUGUGUUGGGGGAGUGAAUAGGGGAAGGUGUGUGUGUGUGUGUGUGCGUCUGUGUUGUGCGGGUGUGUGUUGGAAGAACGUUUCCUCUGCUCUGAGGAUCCUCUUGAACAUUCUUCCCUGCACAGGGAAAAGGAUCCAAACAAACGCCUCAAGGAUCCAGAUGUUCUGGGCCACAGAAACACCUGUUUUACCCAGCAAGAGCAGACUCCCACUGCCUAAUGAGUCCCACCACCCUCACGGUGUCCAACCAAGCCUGGCAUCAGAUAUGGCAGCUCUGCAAGGGCUGAGGCUUCUGAGGGGAAACAGGGGGGUUUGCGGUCGUAUAAAUCUAAUGCUGCUGAGGCCUAAAAAUGCUUUCUGAAGCACAGGAUCCACAGUUGCAUUAUAUGCAGAUGACAACGUGUGUGUGUGUGUGUGUGUGUGUGUGUGUGUGUGUGUGUGUGUGUCGCACGCAGUCGGCUCUUCCAUACAGGAGACGACCACCUGGCUGCCCUGUCUUUGAACUCCCUUUUACAAAUGCCCGCUUCCAACCCUUAUGCCACGCUCUACAACCCCUGUGCUUUGUGCUCCCCCCCCCCCCCCCCCGCUGUUCUCAAACGUAGACCCUCUCCAACCCCAACACACAGAAAAGAGCUUAGGCCUGGUGACAUUCACUACCUGACAUCAUCUCCCUUCUUGCCUUUCAAUGGAAGCCCCCAUACACACACACACACACACACAGGACUAAGCCAAAAUAUGACGAAGUACAAGUUACCCCCCUUCACUUUGCUGUCAGUUUUUAUUAUUUUUUUACCUCACACUUUUUUUCACAGGGACUGUCUUUGGCAAACGGUUGUAUUUUCUGUGUGUGUGUUUGUGUGUUUGUGAAGUGAACCAUAGAACUGACACUGUAACCGGACACCUUCAGAAUGGAGUUCUAAAGGGAACACCACCACACUUUAAAGACUCGAGAGACUUCCUGAUGGUCAGACUUUGUUGGAUCUAACAUAAACGGAAAUGGACAGACAGUUCUGGAGUCACCGAGGGCAACAACACCAAGCUGUCAUCAUCAGUCAAUCUAUCAAACUUCUUUUUGCUGCUGCUACUUCGUAGCCACCAAUACCAUGUUAUAUCAUGUAAAAUUCAGUGUGUUUUGUAACAAAAUGUUGAAUGAUUUGAAUCGGGAUUUUUUUUUUAAACAGUGAAUUGCACAGCCUUGAAUAGCUUCUGUGCAAACCCUAAAAAUAUCAUGAACCCUUAGUUUGUAAAUCCUGGGGCUUGAAUGGGCUUUGGGACUCUUGGCAACUGUAAAGAGACUCAGUAAUCUUCUCAUUGAAACUGGUACUAUUCGCUGUGAACUUUGUCUCUGAAUGUUACUUUGCUCAUCUUGUAUCUACAGAAGAAUUUCAGAAAAAAACAUUUUGUGAUUAGUUGCUCCUAUUUUAUGUUCAGUAUUAAUGUUGGGACACUGUUACUAAUUGUUUAUUGUAAAUUAUAUGCUAAUUUAUUACCAUGUGUCACUUGCAUAAUGUUUCACUGCAUGCAAAUUACAAAUGUAUAGAGUAGUGGAAAAAAACGCAGUGAAAUACUUCCCCACGUCAAUCUGUUUUAAUCUAGAUCAAAUAGAGUAAUACAAAUUAAAAGAGCAGCUUUUAAAUGAACUUGAACAGAGAAUGUGUGUUACUUUCUUGUUACGUUCCGAUCUCUUUUUUUGUUUGUUUGUUUUGUUUGUUUUUGUUUUUUUGCUUUCUAGCAACCUGUUUUGUUUGUGCUGACGGCUGGAGCAGCACCUCAGGGCCUGGGUUGUGUUUGCGUCGCUGGACUCGCGCCCAGAGCCAGGCGGAGGGGGCUCGGGCAGAGAGUGGGCUCUGUGGAGAUAGGUCAGGCAUCUGGGAUGCGGUUGUCAGUGGUGGCCCCUCUAUUUACAUGCCUCAGCCUGAUGGAACUUCAAAAACGCACAGAUCCAGGAGAGCAGAGACAAGACAACACCAGACCAGACUCAUUCCUAACACUUCCAAUACUCUCUCAAUAAA